UUAGAGAGCGGCGCCGUUUCAGACUGGAAUGGGAGCUAGCAAUUUUCCCCAUAUUUUGAUAGUUUAGUCCGUGAAUGGCGCCGAAACAGGACCCGAAACCUAAAUUUCAAGAAGGUGAAAGAGUGCUGUGUUUUCAUGGGCCAUUGCUCUACGAAGCUAAGUGUGUUAAGAUAAGCAUCAAGGAAAAACAAAUCAAAUACUUUAUUCAUUACAGUGGUUGGAACAAGAACUGGGACGAAUGGGUUCCUGAAAGCAGAGUGCUGAAGUAUGUGGACAGUAAUCUGCAGAAACAGAAAGAGCUUCAGAGGGCCAAUCAAGACCAUUAUGUAGAAGGGAGAAUGAGGGGUGCUGCGCCAAAUAAGAAGAUACCUGCUCCACCGCAGAAAAAUGAUGUGAAAACCAAAAAGAACAAACAAAAGCCUCCUGGUGCAGGAGAAGGGACGAGUUCAGGAGGAGACCCAACCCACCCUCCCCGAAAGAAGAGGGCACGCGUUGACCCAACUGUUGAAAGUGAGGAGACCUUCAUAAAUCGAGUGGAGGUUAAAGUAAAGAUCCCAGAGGAGCUGAAACCAUGGCUUGUGGAUGACUGGGACCUGAUCACACGGCAGAAACAGCUUUUCCACCUACCUGCCAAAAAGAGCGUUGAUGCAGUGCUUGAAGAUUAUGCAAACUAUAAGAAAUCAAGAGGAAACUCUGACAGCAAGGAGUUUGCUGUGAACGAGGUGGUUGCUGGUAUCCGGGAAUAUUUCAGUGUCAUGCUGGGGACGCAACUUCUCUACAAAUUUGAGAGGCCGCAGUACGCAGACAUCUUGGCCAACCACCCAGAUACGUCCAUGUCUCAGAUCUACGGCGCCCCUCACCUACUUAGACUCUUUGUGAGAAUUGGAGCUAUGCUGGCGUACACUCCUCUGGACGAGAAGAGCCUUGCACUGCUGCUCAGUUAUCUACAAGACUUCCUCAAGUAUCUUGUAAAGAACUCUGCAUCGCUCUUCAAUGCAAGUGACUAUGAAGUUGCCCCUCCAGAGUACCACCGCAAGGCAGUUUAAGGAUUUCUUAUUUCCGGAUCUGAAGCCUUUGUGUGUUGAAGUUUGGAGACAACGUUCGUUACCUGUCGAAAGGAUGUGAUUUCACAGAAAAGCCUUCGGAGAACUGAUUGUGCGAGAUCCGUUGAUUUAUUAAGGAAGACAAAGGUGUCACACUAAUCCCUGGACAAAUUCAUUUUCUUUCAUGUGGAAAGCUGCUGAGUACGCUCUUCCUGUAUUGGUAUGUUUUUGAGUACCACUUUUUAGUUUCUAUGAUACUUCUUUUGUCCGGUGGUUUACCAAGAUCUUUUGAAAAGGAAUUUCAUCAUGAUUCUUUUUUUUGUUUCCUGUCUUGGUGCGGAUGCUGGCUAAAUUUGUCUUGUAGGCUGUCAUCAUUUUCUAAUAAAAACCUCAUUCUCAAGUUGUUACUGUAUCUCUGAUUGGAACCAAAUGUAAGAUGGUUGGAUCAAGGUGGAAGUUAUUGUCCGUCUCUUCAUCUCCAGGGAGAAUUACAUUUCUUCUUCUUCUUAUCGGUACUGUUGUUACAAUGAGGGCAGUACAUCCUCCUAAUGUGAGCAUAUUGUCUCGUCUUAAAUGCUCUAAUCUCUUGUCUAUGAAAAUACUUAUUGGAUAACAUGGAUUACAUUUAGUUUAUUACUUUGACUAUGCGUAAACUAAAAUUGUCAGUUUGCAACUGUACACACAGUACUGCAUAUGUGUAUUGGUUAUUUCAUAUCACUCCAAGAGGAACUGAUAUCAAUGUGAAACAUUAACUAAAUGCGUUCUGCUUACUUUUGCAUUAAUUCUAAUUGAAUAUUAAAAAAAACAAGCAUAACUGAAAAAGGCCAAUAGAGUAAAAAUGUCUGUCAAAUGUUAAAAUAGUAUUUCAAUAAAUGCUCAUUCAAUAUUUAAAACUCAAUGAAAUACCUACCUUAAUAAUGAAGCAGUCAUUCAGUGUUUAAACCUUUUGAAAUUUGGAUAAAUAUCGAAAUGUAAUAA